GGGAGCCUCCCGGCGGCUGCGACCCGGCUGCCGAACGCUGAGGCUCUGUCACGUGUUUUUCUCCUCCGAGUGAGACGGCGGCGCGGUCGGAGGGGGCCGGCGCGCAGAGCCAGACGCCGCCGCUUGUUUUGGUUGGGGCUCUCGGCAACUCUCCGAGGAGGAGGAGGAGGAGGGGAGAAGUAACUGCAGCGGGAGCGCCUCCCGGGGAACAGGCGUCUUCCCCGAAUCCUUCCCAAACCUUCCCCCUCGCCUCCCGCCCUUGUCUCCUCCCCUCUUCCCCUGCCGACUGGAGCGUGGGGCAGGGAUGAGCCUGUCCCUCCGACCCGUCACCGGCUCCCUUGGCUGCCCAGUAGCAUUUCGCAUGGAAAAGCCACUUUCUCCGCCCGCCAAUAUGGGCCCAAAUGGGGACUGCGGAGGACUCGUCCGCGGGAGGCGACAUCAGCAGCAACAGCCGCAGCGCCGCGGUCUCCGCGAUUGAGCUGGUAUUUGGGCUGCUGGUGGCGGCGGGGACUGCUGGGGGGGUGGGAGGAGGCGGAGGAGGAGGCGAAGAAGGAGGAGGGAGAACCCUGUGCAACGUUGGGACUUGGCAGCCCGCCUCCCUCUGCCCAAGGAUAUUUAAUUUGCCUCGGGAAUCGCUACUUCCAGAGGGGAACUCAGGAGGGAAGGCGCGCGCGCCUAAAGGGGCAACGCGGAGAGACCCCUGGCUGCCGCCGCCUUGCGCUAGACUCCAGCCGGGGCAGCGAGAGAUGCAUCUUUGCUCCUUCCCUGGCGCGGUGGCUCAGAGGAGUCUUGGUUCUCGGAGGAUCGCGGCUGCACUCACCCGGGACGCACUGCCUCCCCCCUGGGCGUGAAACGCCCGUGAACUCCGCUCGGGCUAUCUCCUCCGCGCAGCUGCUGCGCCCUUCUCCGGCGCCGGAGCCGCGUGGAUUUCGGGUCCGGGUUUCUGCCGCUUCCAGCCCUGUUUGCAUGUGCGGGGCCGCGGCGAGGAGCCUCCUCCCCCCACCCAGUUGUUUUUCGGCGCCUCCCUCUGCUCGGUGGCGGUGGCUGCGGCAGCAUGGCGAGCCCUCCGGAGACCGACGGCUUCUCGGACGUGCGCAAGGUUGGCUACCUGCGCAAACCCAAGAGCAUGCACAAGCGCUUUUUCGUGCUGCGAGCGGCCAGCGAGGCUGGGGGCCCGGCGCGCCUGGAGUACUACGAGAACGAGAAGAAGUGGCGGCACAAGUCGAGCGCCCCCAAACGCUCGAUCCCCCUUGAGAGCUGCUUCAACAUCAACAAGCGGGCUGACUCCAAGAACAAGCACCUGGUGGCUCUCUACACCCGGGACGAACACUUCGCCAUCGCAGCCGACAGUGAGGCCGAGCAAGACAGCUGGUACCAGGCUCUCCUGCAGCUGCACAACCGUGCCAAGGGCCACCACGAUGCGGCUGCAGCUCCAGGAGUGGGAGGCGGUGGGGGCAGCUGCAGCAGCAGCUCAGCCCUGGGCGAGGCUGGGGAGGACUUGAGCUAUGGGGAUGUGCCCCCAGGACCUGCCUUCAAAGAGGUCUGGCAGGUGAUCCUGAAGCCCAAGGGCCUGGGUCAGACAAAGAACCUAAUUGGCAUCUACCGCCUCUGCCUGACCAGCAAGACCAUCAGCUUCGUGAAGCUGAACUCGGAGGCCGCUGCCGUGGUGCUGCAGCUGAUGAACAUCAGGCGCUGCGGCCACUCGGAGAACUUCUUCUUCAUCGAGGUGGGCCGUUCCGCUGUGACAGGGCCUGGGGAAUUCUGGAUGCAGGUGGAUGACUCGGUGGUGGCCCAGAAUAUGCAUGAGACCAUCCUGGAGGCCAUGCGGGCUAUGAGUGAUGAGUUCCGCCCUCGCAGCAAGAGCCAGUCCUCAUCCAACUGCUCCAACCCCAUCAGCGUCCCCCUGCGCAGGCACCAUCUCAACAACCCCCCACCCAGCCAGGUGGGGCUGACCCGCCGGUCACGCACAGAGAGCAUCACCGCCACUUCCCCUGCCAGCAUAGUGGGUGGGAAGCCAGGUUCCUUUCGUGUCCGCGCCUCUAGCGACGGAGAAGGCACGAUGUCCCGCCCGGCCUCUGUGGAUGGUAGCCCUGUGAGCCCGAGCACCAACAGGACACAUGCCCACCGGCAUCGGGGCAGCGCCCGGCUGCACCCCCCACUCAACCACAGUCGCUCCAUCCCCAUGCCUUCCUCUCGAUGCUCGCCUUCAGCCACCAGCCCGGUCAGUCUGUCGUCCAGCAGCACCAGUGGCCAUGGCUCCACCUCGGACUGUCUCUUCCCGCGGCGGUCUAGCGCUUCUGUGUCUGGUUCCCCCAGUGAUGGCGGUUUCAUCUCCUCGGAUGAGUAUGGGUCUAGUCCCUGCGAUUUCCGAAGUUCCUUCCGCAGUGUCACUCCAGAUUCCCUAGGCCACACCCCACCAGCCCGUGGUGAGGAGGAGCUGAGCAACUAUAUCUGCAUGGGUGGCAAGGGGACCUCCACCCUGACUGCCCCCAAUGGCCACUACAUUUUGUCCCGGGGUGGCAAUGGCCACCGCUGCAUUCCGGGAGCUGGCUUGGGCACCAGUCCAGCCUUGGCUGGGGAUGAAGCAGCCUGCGCUGCAGAUCUGGAUAAUCGGUUCCGAAAGAGAACUCACUCGGCAGGCACAUCCCCCACCAUUUCCCACCAGAAGACCCCGUCCCAGUCAUCGGUGGCUUCCAUUGAGGAGUAUACGGAGAUGAUGCCCGCCUACCCACCAGGAGGUGGCAGUGGAGGCCGCCUGCCGGGCCACCGGCACUCCGCCUUUGUGCCCACCCACUCUUACCCUGAGGAGGGUCUGGAAAUGCACCCCUUGGAGCGUCAAGGGGGCCAUCACCGCCCCGACACCUCCAGCCUCCACACUGACGAUGGCUAUAUGCCCAUGUCUCCAGGGGUGGCCCCAGUGCCUGGCAGCAGAAAGGGCAGUGGGGACUAUAUGCCCAUGAGCCCCAAGAGCGUGUCUGCCCCCCAGCAGAUCAUCAACCCCAUCAGACGCCAUCCCCAGAGAGUGGACCCCAAUGGCUACAUGAUGAUGUCACCCAGUGGCAGCUGCUCCCCUGACCUUGGAGGUGGGCCCAGCAGCAGCAGCAGCAGCAGUGCUGCCCCCUCUGGGAGCAGCUAUGGGAAGCUUUGGACAAAUGGUGUUGGAGGCCACCACUCUCAAGCCCUGCCCCACCCCAAACCCCCUGGGGAAAGCAGCAGUGGCAAGCUUUUGCCUUGCACAGGGGACUACAUGAACAUGUCGCCAGUGGGGGACUCCAACACCAGCAGCCCCUCCAGCUGCUACUAUGGCCCUGAGUACCCCCAGCACAAGCCAGUCCUCUCCUACUACUCAUUGCCAAGGUCAUUUAAGCACACCCAGCGCCCUGGGGAGUUAGAGGAGGGUGCCCGGCACCAGCACCUCCGCCUUUCCUCCAGCUCUGGCCGCCUUCUCUACGCUGCAGCAGCAGAAGAUUCUUCUUCUUCCACCAGCAGCGACAGCCUGGGUGGGGGAUACUGUGGGGCUAGGCAGGAGCCAGGACUCCCACAUGCCCACCAUCAAGUCUUGCAGCCCCAUCUGCCUCGAAAAGUGGACACAGCUGCACAGACCAACAGUCGCCUGGCUCGGCCCACGAGGCUGUCCCUGGGGGAUCCCAAGGCCAGCACCUUACCUCGGGCCCGAGAGCAGCAGCAGCCCCUGUUACACCCUGAGCCCAAGAGCCCAGGAGAAUAUGUGAAUAUUGAAUUUGGGAGUGAUCAGCCUGGCUAUUUGUCUGGCCCGGUGGCUUCCCACAGCUCACCUUCAGUCAGGUGUCCAUCCCAGCUCCAACCAAUUCCCAGGGAGGAAGAGACUGGCACUGAGGAGUACAUGAAAAUGGACCUGGGGCCAGGCCGAAGGGCAGCGUGGCAGGAGAGCACUGGUGUUGAGAUGGGCAGAGUGGGCCCAGCGCCUCCUGGGGCUGCUAGUGUUUGCAGGCCCACCCGAGCAGUACCCAGCAGUCGAGGUGACUACAUGACCAUGCAGAUGGGUUGUCCUCGUCAGAACUACGUGGACACCUCCCCAGUUGCCCCUGUCAGCUAUGCUGACAUGCGGACAGGCAUUGCUGCAGAGGUGAGCCCACCCCGGGCUACCACAGCUGCUCCCUCGUCCUCAGCUGCCUCUGCUUCCCCUGCUGCACCUCAAGGGACAGCUGAACUGGCUGCUCGCUCAUCCCUGCUAGGGGGCCCCCAGGGACCCGGGGGUAUGAGCGCCUUCACCCGGGUAAACCUCAGUCCCAGCUGCAACCAGAGUGCCAAAGUGAUCCGUGCAGACCCACAAGGGUGCCGGAGGAGGCAUAGCUCGGAGACCUUCUCCUCUAAACCUAGUGCCACCCGGGCGGCCAACACCGUGCCCUUUGGAGGAGGGGCUGUAGUAGGGAGUAGUGGUGGCAGCAGCAGUGAGGAUGUGAAACGCCACAGUUCUGCUUCCUUUGAGAAUGUGUGGCUGAAGCCUGGGGAGCUUGGGGGAGCCCCCAAAGAACCAACCCAAGUGUGUGGGGCUGCUGGGGGUUUGGAGAAUGGUCUUAACUAUAUAGACCUGGAUUUGGUCAAGGACUUCAAGCAGCGCCCUCAGGAGCGCCCCCCUCAAGCGCAGCCUCCCCCACCCCCAUCCCCUCAUCAGCCCCUGGGCAGCGGUGAGAGCAGCUCCACCCGCCGCUCCAGUGAGGAUUUAAGCGCCUAUGCCAGCAUCAGUUUCCAGAAGCAGCCAGAGGCCCGCCAGUAGCUCAACUGGACAUCACACAGCAGAAUGAAGACCUUAAUGACCUCAGCAAAUCCUCCUCUAACUCAUGGGUACCCAGACUCUAAAUAUUUCAUGAUUCACAACUAGGACCUCAUAUUUUUCUCCUCGGUAGAUGGUACGAUGCAUCCGUUUCAGUUUGUUUACUUUCUACAAGCCUCAGGAGUUCGUUGACUGAACUGCGCGUUCUAUAUUGUGCCAAGCAAAAAAGCACUGUGACACCAGAACGAUGAGUCUGCAUAAACUUCACCUUCACCCAUAAGGACGCAGCUGGCCGCAGUGAGCUGAUGUGCCCACCACCGUGCCACGGGAGAAAGGCUUUCCUCCCUCUGCAUCUGCAAGAUACAUUUCAUCUGUUGCUGAAACUGUGUAUGACAAAGCGUCCUUGUAAAUUAUUUCAUAGAGAACUGUUCCUGUCGGGUGGAGAGAGUAUUAAAUAUUUAACAUAGGUUUUGAUUUAUAUGUGUAAUUUUUUUAAUGAAAAUGUAACUUUUCUUACAGCACAUCUUUUUUUUGGAUGUGGGACUGAGGUAUACAAUGUUCUGUUGUAAAGAAUGGAGCAAAUGCUUAAAACAAGGCUAAAAAGAGUAGAAUAGGGUAUGAUCCUUGUUUUAAGAUUGUAACUCAGAAAAAUAAUAAUAUAAGAAUCAUAGUGCCAUAGAUGGUUAUCAGUUGUAUAGUUAUAUUUGCUGAUACUAUCUCUUGUAAUAUAAACCUGAUAUCGAGCUGAGUUCCUUAUAAGAAUUCAUCUUAAUUUUGUAUUUUUCCUGUAAGACAAAUAGGCCGUGUUAAUUAAACUGUAGAAAGGCGUAUUCUGCUGGGUGUUUUCAACUUAAAAUUGGCGUUUGAGUGGAAGCAAAAUUACAAGAACAGGAAUUCAAAGUCUUCCAUCGUCAAUACUGCAAAGAGGAGGGGUGAUUCCUUCAACUCGAAAGCUCUCCUUGGAAUGAACAAUGUGGGUGUUUGUAAAUUCUGGAAAUGUCUUUUUAUUCAUAACAAACUAGACACUGUUGCUCUUUCCUGCUCUCCCCUCCCCUCCCCUUUCUGGAAGCUUCUCGCUCUAUUCCCACCGUUUUUUUCCUGCACACACAUUAUGCCAUUUCAUUUCCUGCAUUGUCUUGAGAAAGAUAGGAGGACAGGUGAGUGCUUGCUGUCCGGAAGGUGCGGGGGUUUUGGGUUUGUUUUAUUUAUCAUGACCAGGGCCACAUGUCACUUUUCCUCAAGACCCUUACCUCUAGUUUUCUGAGAACCUCCAGUGUUAACAUUAUUUCUCGGAAUGUGAUUGGCCUGUUAGCCUUGGUGGGUGUUGGCCUCAUAGUGAUUAGUGAAUGAAAUGCAGCGAGGCCUGCAGAGAGCACAUGCGGCUCAGUGAGCGCCUACGGAAACGUCCAGCCCCAGCCGGCCGUGAACUCGGUCACCCUUUUCUUGUUUGGAAAGUGUAUGUACCUUGCAGUUUUUCCUUGUGAAAAAGAAAUGGCAAUGAAAACCUUUCAAGAUGUUGCCAAGAGAAUUUUUAAUGUUUUUAACCAGGAAACAUCCUAAAGGUUAAGUGAAUUAAUGAAAAUAUCAGGCUUCCUCCUAAUCAGCAUAAACUCUCCAUCAGGAAUUCCUGGCCCUGCUGUUAGGAGCAGAAGCACCUUUUUUGCCUGAAGGGUUGACCUCCCUGGGUGGGGCUGGGUUGACAAGGAAGGGGCCAGGGUUGGAGGGCAUUGCAGUGACUGUGCCCCUUGGUCAUUUGGUUGGGGACUUUUGCUCAACUCAAAAGAGAGUGGAGAUUAAUGGAAACCCUCCUGUUGCUGAGACCCAUGUUACUGUCAGUUCAUCCGGAUGGCAUGUACCGCCCAGACUGUUGUACAAUGUUCAUUGUUGCAGAUUUUAAUCAUUUGCAUGCUCAUCAAUUUCUAAAAUAAAUAGUUCUGUAGUCAUAAGAAUCCAUUGUUUCCAAGGAACUUGCUCAAUUACAUCAUUUCCUAUCUGUAGAGAACACUACCAAUUUGAAAAUCUGAUAUGAAAGUUGUUUUUUUACCCUCUUGUUAAAAAAAAAAAAAAGAAUUUCUUGGUCAAACUAAGUUUCCACGUUUCAAAUAUUCUGAUUCAUAUUCUUGUUAGUGAAAGAGGAAAGCAAGCUGUCCUGCUCUCUUCCACUGGGGAUUUAAAUAAAGAGAAAUCAGUGAACAAAGUCAGUCCCAAACACUUUCCUGUAAAGUGGAGUAUGUGUUACUGAAAUACCGCUGCAUGUGGAAUUACUAACAUAAUGAGAACAGAAGCGAACAGACUGGAAAAUCCAUCUCAUGGUUUCUAUUCCUCUGGCUUUUUGUUGAAUAAAAUAACUAAAGGUAGAACAUUCUUAUUCAAGCUGCUUCUGGUGAUCCCUGAGCUGCGUUUGAUGGUGGUAUCAAGCUUUACUGAUCUAAAACUGGAAGUUGCUGGUACUCAAGCCAAAAACUCAUGCUCUGGCUACGCGAAGGGUUUACUUUGAGCAACAUCAGCUGCUAAGUCCUUGUGCUCAGUUCCUAUUGAGGAGAGUUGGCUUUUAUCCAUUUCAAAGUAUUUGUAGGCCAGCCAAGGGCUUUCAUUAACACGGCUUCUAGUGGCCUCUGGUUAACCUAGAAGUUAGUGGCUUUUUCUUCAUGAGACCAACCUUUCACAGCGUUCUUUCGUAGAGACUUAGGCAGAGUUUUAAAAUUCUCUUUUGUGAAAAGGACAAAUAUGUUCCAUGACUUUGAUGAUAUCUUUAUUCUGGGCAAAAGAAAGGCCCUAGAACUUCCUAGAAGUGAGGAGAAUCCAUUAAUGAUCAACCACCUGAGUCAAUAAUGACAAAUCGGUACUGAGGUUACAGUUGUGGGUAUUUCUCACUAGCUUGCAAAGGUCAGGGCCUCUCUUGACUAAUCUAGUGACUGCAAAAGUCAUCUGGCCAGAAGUAGAGAUUUUUAACCUUUCUUUCUCUGGCUUUUCUCUUCUAGCUGCCUUUUAAAUUCGAGACAUUUAAAGUAUUAAGAAACAACUGUACUGUACUAGAAGAAACAGUAUUUUAUAAGACCGAAGCCCUGUUUUAUUUAAUCUGUGUCAAUAAAUGCAAUAUGCCAUGUA